CUGAGGCUAAGGACUGCAAUUCCAUCGAGCCUAGUUCAUUUCAGUCAUCCGCUCAGUGCACAGACGGGACAAGGAGAGCAAUUCCAGCGCUGCUUUAUUUGUCAAAGCCCCCCCAUAAAAAACAGCCUAAAGUCAAAAUGGUAAAGUACAUGCGACAGCACAGCGAGGUGAAACUCGAAGAGGUUCUGUCGGAGUCUGAUGCGUCCAUGGACCAGCAGGAUUUCGGAGAAUUGUCCGACUAUUCUUUCAGCGACGUUUUAUACUCCAAAUGUUCCGCAAUGGACCAAAUCGGCACUUUCAUGAAGAACGUGCAAGUGCUGCUCGAUGCGGCACAUUACAUAGAAAAUAUCGAGAAGAACAACGGAAAAUGUGAGCAUGGUUAUGCUUCAACGUACCCUGCAACCCAGACUGCACACCAACAGAAACAGCGUAAAUUCAAGAGCAGGAAAUUGGACAAUCUUCACAAUAGGUCAGCACACAAUGAACUGGAAAAAAAUAGACGAGCACAUCUCCGCCUGUGUUUGGAAAGGUUGAAGUCCCUCAUCCCCCUGGGACCAGACUGCAGUCGACACACCACACUGGGACUGCUCAACAAGGCCAAAGCACAUAUCAAGAAACUUGAAGAGGCGGACCGGAGGAGUCUGCACCAGCUGGAGACCUUAGAGAGGGAGCAGAGGCACCUGCAGAGGCAGCUAGCCCAGCUGCAAACUCAUGGAGAUAGGGAGAGGGUCCGCAUGGACAGCCUGGGCUCCCGUAUGGACUCUGACCGCUCAGAGUCUGACAGAGAAGAGAUCGAAGUUGAUGUGGAAAGCACUGAAUUCUCCCAUGGAGAAAUGGACAGUGUAAGCACCAGUGGUGCAAGUGACCUGGACGACCACAGCAGCCGGCAGAGCUCAGCCAGCGACGAGGGCUACUCCACAUGCAGUCUAAAACUGGCCUUCUCUGCUUAAAAAGCACCAGCCUAUACUUUAACUCCAGCUGCAGUCUUUUAUGGCUUUCACCUUUCAAAGUACCAGCCUACAGCUCCAUUCUCCCUUUGCAGUUUAGGUUAACUGUCUCCAGAAGAACAACCAGCCUCAAUCCCACCUUUACCUGACAAAUGAAACAUCUGCUCCGCCCUGAGAACCAGCCUUAAGUUCAACUCAGCCUAAAAGUUGUCUAAAAAUGUCUCCUUCCAAAAAGCCAAGGGGCUCCUCUACAUCAGUCUGAAACAUUUUACACAACAGCCUCAAAUUUAACUCCCGGCAAUAUACAGUUUCCUCAUUAUAAGAGUUGACUUAACCAAUCACCUGAAUGUCCCUUAACCCAUUACCAGCUAGAAUCAACCAUAAAGUACCCGCACUCAAUACUGACCCUGUAGAGGACCCACGAUCGCAGCAGUGUCCAACACUGAAGGGGAAACUACCUUUAGUCAAGUUGAUCCUCUGAAACCAGCAAAAACACUAGAAACCCAAUACCAGCUAGAAGCUCACCAUUGGGACCGCUUGCUCCAUUUGCCUUGUAAAAACAUUGCCCCUUUUCUUUGGAUAACGUAUCCGGACGACACUUCUUGUCAGUGUACAAGCCAGUGGCAAGGGCUACAAUGUCUGCAUUCCAAAAUGUUUAUUACACUCCUAUAACCUUUUGCUUUAGGACCCACGACCAUCACUGAUCCGUGUGGCGUCCCUUCUCUUGACUGAAAUAGUCAUAUCCAAACAGGUGGUGUAGUCCACCCUCGUUAUUCUAAUUUAUUUGCAUAUGAUUAUAGUAUUUAUUUUUGGUAUAUUUAAUUUUACUGUAGCUAGGUCUUGGUCAUGCUUGAAUGAAAAACAUUUUUAAAAAUAUUUUCUUUUUAACAUUUAACAAAUUACUUGACACAAAUUUAACCCCCACAGAAGCAUAUGCAGUGCUAAAGGUUUAAUGCAUUUCAUGUUUUAUUGAAAGAAUGACACUUCUCUUUCACACUGUGCUCAAAUUCAGUUUUAUUUAGACAGUAAUAAGCUAUCCCGCACUUGUCCAAGCACAAGGCUGAAAGCAAUAAAGCGUCUACUUUUAUCCUAUCUUUGAUGUUGGCUGUGUUUAGCAUACUAUUCUGUCCGUCCAACACCAAAUUGCAGUUUUGCUAGUUUUCCACUUCGCUCCAGUAGUGGUAUCAGUUUUAAUAUUCAGCAGUUAAAAUGAUUGUAAUUGAUUU